GAGAUCUAACGAUACGGCUUCGAACAUUCUAAAUUACAAAAACGGAUUAUUCUUCUCUCAUUCGUGCUUUCGAUUUUUUUACAUUGAUGUUUCCCUUGGAAAUAACUUGUGAAGAAUAUAAGCUGUGAUUUUUCUUCUUCUUCUUCUUCUUCAAAAAAAAUAUUUUCAAUUAACAUAAACAAGAAGAUGGAUUGAAAUUGCAAGCUUGAUCAAAUCUGUCCAGUGAAUGGUCCAACUACAAAUAUAUUAAAUAUAAUAUUGUAUAAACAGAUUAGAUUUUUGUUUAUGUUAAAUAAAAUUAAUAAUAAUGUUGCGAAAUAUUAAUAAAACAUUUCCAAUGUGGAUACGUCGUAUCUCGUUGUCUCAUCAAAAGAAAAAAGUUUAUGAGAUAAAUGGUAACAUAGAAUUUAAUGACAAAGUAAUGAAUGGUAAAGGAACAGUUGUUGUCAAUUUUCAUGCAGAUUGGUGUGAUCCUUGUACAAUAUUAACACCUAAAUUAAUAGAACUUAUUGAACCUAUUGAAACAUUAGAUCUUGCUAUUAUCAAUUUAGAAUCAAAUCCAGAUUUAGCUGAUGUAUUUUCUGUAAAAGCAGUACCAGCAGUAUUUGCAAUAUCAAAUGGAUUAGUUUUAGACAAAUUUAUUGGCUUACAAGAUAUUAAAAUGAUUGAACAAUUUGUAGAAAAGUUAACUGCACGUGAUACAGCAGUUAACUCAAAGAUUGAAGAUAAUUCAGUAAAUUUGAAAGUGGACGAUUCUACAAACUCAAAAGAUGGUAAUGUGAAACCAUAAGAGCAUGUUUAUAAUGUAUAUACACGUAAAUGUAGUCAUAUAUGUAAAACUAUGUAAAUGUAUGCAUACAUAUUUCUUUUAUAAUUAAUAUUUAUGUAAUAUUUUUGACAAUUUAUAUCUAUUUUAUGCUAUUAUU